CAGGUAUGACCGAUCACUCAAGUAGCUCCCUUUUUACUUCUAGAAUCAAACCUAAACUCUUCUGCUUAGCAUUUAAAGUUCUUCACAACCUGCCUCCAACUCACUGCUCCAACCUACUUAUACAUUACUCCUCUUCACAUACUUUUUGAUACAGUCAAGCUGUGGCUUCUAGACAUUCCUCAAAUACAAUUUUCCAUAUCUCCUUUCCAUGCUUUUACCUAUUCCUUAUGCUCUUUCUUAUACCUGGAAUGCACUCCCUUGUCACCACAAUGCUCAGUUCAAAUGCCACCUUUUGGUUGAGACCUUUGCUGAUUCUCCCCACUUCCUAAGCACUUCCCUCUAUUAUCUUCUAUUUAUUUAUAUAUAACGAUUUUCUGUAGACUUGUAGAUAUACUUAUUUUCUCCCAUAGACGAGAGGGCAGGGACUUUUCUGUUUUUUGCCUUUGUGUUUCCAGAACCUAGCAGGGGUACCUGGCAACACACAAGAAUGUACCACAUAUAGUAGGUGUUCAAUACAUUCUUAUGGAAUAAUGGAUGUGCUUUUGCAAACCUUAAAAUGGUCUCUAGAUUUGAUCUGGCCCAAAUGACUGCUUCUAAAAAAAAAAAAAAGGCAGGUUCAAAUUCCAAACCUCUCCUGUGUUCCCAGAUCUGUUCAUAACUUCUAACUGCAAACUGAGUAAGUUUCAAAUUCCUGAUUUCCUUGGGCGACCCUGGACAAGUCAUUUCAUCUCUCUACCUCAUUUCCUCAUCGGUUUAAAAAAGAAUCAGAGGGGAGGGACCAGAUCCCCCAAAGUUUCCUUCCAUCCCUAAAUCUAUGAACCUCUGGUUUUUCCAAGCACCAGCUCCUCCUUCUCCUCCUCCCCCGCGCUGGGCUGCAGAGCAGGGCAAAGGCCGGCCUAGGUUGGGGUCCAGCGUGCGCGAGGCAGGGCGGAAGAGGCGGAGCGGAGCCCGAGAAGCCGCGGACCUUGGCCAGAGGGUUGGGGUGCUGCGGUACCCCAGCACAGCCAUGGCUCCGCUGCGCUUCGCGGCCAACCUAUCGUGGCUGUUCUCGGAGCAGGGCCCGGCGCUGAGCGCGCGCCUCGAGGCCGCAGCCCGGGCAGGUUUCAGGGCAGCCGAGGUGGCUUGGCCGUACACGGAGCCCGCGGCGCCACUGGCGGCGGCGGUGCGGGCUGCGGGGCUACAGCUGGUGCUGCUCAAUACGCCGCCGGGGUCCGCCGACCUUGGGGAGCUGGGGCUGGGUGCCGUGCCCGGGCGCCAGGACGCAUUCCGCGAGGGGCUAGAGCUGGCCGUCGCGUAUGCGCGGGAGCUCGGCUGCCCCCAGGUGCAUCUGAUGGCCGGCCGCGUCCCGCUGGGCGCUGAACGCGCCGCCGUGGCCAAGGACAUGGAAGCUGUGUUCGUGGAGAACCUGCGGCACGCCGCCGACGUGCUGGCCCGCGAGAACCUCGUGGGGCUGCUGGAGCCCAUCAACACCCGCCUCACGGAUCCACGCUACUUCCUAGACACGCCUGAGCAGGCGGCGGCCAUCUUGCGCAGAGUGGACCGGCCCAACCUGAGGCUGCAGCUGGAUGUAUUCCACUGGCAGAUCAUGGGUGGGAACCUGACCGCCAACAUCCGCACCUUCCUGCCCCUGGUCGGACACGUGCAGGUGGCCCAGGUCCCCGAUCGAGGCGAGCCGGACAGCCCCGGGGAGAUUAACUUCUCCUACUUGUUCCAGCUUUUGGAGGAGCUGGGCUAUGCAGGCUACGUGGGCUGCGAGUACCGGCCCCGAGGGGACACCCAUGAAGGCCUCGGCUGGCUGCGGGCCUAUUGGGAGAGCCGGGGACUGGCCCCUGUCUAGAGCCUUUGCACUUGGCCCAAUUUAUCAAUAACCCUCCCAUUCCCCCAACCCCACCUCGCACCUAAGAAUAUCACCCCACAAAACUUCGGUGUUGUCCCAUCUGAUAAAGGGCUACCGUCUCUAACGCUUGUUAAUCUUUAUAUCCUCCUGCCUGGUCCUACGUGUGGCUUAAUAAAUGCUUACUGUUUGACUCAUU